AACCGCACGGGAAGCCUGGAGAAAACAAUCCUAGUCAGUUCUGAUGGCUGAAAAGAAACAUCUUGUUACUUCUGGUCUAGAUACAUUUAGGCGCCGGAAGAGCUGAGUUCAAACUUCGUUGAAACGUGACCUUAACGUUUUUGAACCUGUGUCUUGGUUUUACAAUGUGACAAGUAUUUCUUUCAGACAUGAAACGUUAUGAGCAUUAAAUAAAAAGUGGUUAAAAUGUUUAAUAAUGCCUGGUACAUUGUAACCACUCAAAUAUUAUAAAUAUUGUCCUCAUGUACCUCUUGCAUUUUGAGGUUUUAGAUUUGUUUGGUGCUAAGUUGGAAUUGCAAGGUUCAUUUUGGCUGUUUGCCCCUCUUCAGUUCUGGGUUCUAUGUUAGGCACUGGAGUUGUAGAGUGACAAAUAGACAUGGAACGUGUAUGUUUAUUCUUAAAUUACCAUGACAACCACAAAACUGAAACCUCCCUACUUCCUUUUUUAAGUACCAAGGGUGACAUGAGACUAAUACUAUAAGAUACGGACAGCAUGUCUUAAGUUGAGCGCCACCAGAAUGUUGUUGAGAGAGAUGAACCAGAGAAAGCUGUGUACCUGCACAAGUGGUGGCCGCUGUUGAUGUAAACACUGUUGCUAACGAAGUGUACAAGUAUAAUUUUCCUCACACACAGUUACUGGCCAGGACAAUUGAAGGCAUUACACUAGAAGAGUUUGACAGAUUAUCUUUCAAUAUGAUUUUAAUGAGCCCACCCUGUCAGCCCUUCACAAGAAUUGGCCUGCAGGGUGAUGUGACUGAUCCAAGGACAAAUAGCUUCUUAUAUAUUCUAGACAUUCUCCCAAGAUUACAAAAAUUACCGAAGUAUAUUCUUUUAGAAAAUGUUAAAGGUUUUGAAGUAUCUUCUACAAGAGAUCUGUUAAUACAAACAAUAGAAAAUUGUGGCUUUCAGUACCAAGAAUUUCUAUUGUCUCCAACCUCUCUUGGCAUUCCAAAUUCAAGAUUACGGUACUUCCUUAUUGCAAAGCUUCAGCCAGAGCCUUUCCCUUUUCAGGCCCCUGGUCAGGUACUGAUGGAGUUCCCCAAAACGGAAUCUGAACAUCCCCCUAAAUAUGCAGUAAAUGCAGAAAAGAAAACUGAAGAAAAGAAAAUUGAACCAAAUAUUAGCUUUGACAGCAGCACACAGUGUUCUGGAAAAGAGGCCAUUCUUUUUAAGCUUGAAACUGCAGGAGAAAUUGACAGGAAACAGCAACAGGACAGCGAUCUCUCUGUGCGAAUGCUGAAAGAUUUUCUUGAAGAUGACAUUGACAAGCAUUCAUUCUUUUUACCACCAAAGUCACUACUGCGAUAUGCUCUUUUGUUAGACAUUGUUAAACCCACUUCCAGAAGAUCCACGUGCUUUACAAAAGGUUAUGGGCGCUACAUAGAAGGGACAGGAUCUGUGUUGCAGACAACAGAGGAUGUGCAGAUUGAGAAUAUCUACAAAUCGCUUACCGGUUUGUCACAAGAAGAAAAAAUAAUGAGAUUGUCAAUGCUUCAACUUCGAUUUUUCACUCCUAAAGAAAUAGCAAAUCUCCUUGGAUUUCCUCCAGAGUUUGGAUUUCCUGAGAUGACAACUGUCAAACAGCGUUAUCGUCUACUUGGAAAUAGUCUCAAUGUGCAUGUUGUAGCUAAACUAAUCAAAAUCCUAUGUGACUAAUUAUUUAAAUAACUCUGAAGGAGGGUCACAGUUUUCUAUCAUAUCUAGAUAGUAAUUUUGAAGUUCUUUUUUGAAUUCAUUUUGACAAAAUUUGACUAAAUUAUCUUUCUCUUUAAUAAGAAGUUUGGAUUUGUCAGGAAAAUGCCAUUUUGUUUCCUUACAUUUAUAUUACUGUGUUUUGUAAGGUGAAACUUAUUGUUAUGCUUCAGGAGAAUAUAUUUUCAUAUGAAAGUAGUAAAUAUAUAUGUUAAAUACUCCCUUUAUAAUAUUAUGGUAUAGACAAGUUUAGAAACAUUAGAAUUUUAGUGUCUACAUGAAUAUCUUAUAAAGUAUUAUAAAAUAGUAUAUAAACUUGAGAUACUAUAUGUUUGUGUAUGUUACUUAAAGUUGCUUUCACUUC